AUGUGUGACAACCUGACAAUCAUUCUAGGUAGCCGUGCAGCUAGCCUCAGCUCGCAGCUCUCUCGAUUCGCAACAACACCAAGACGCCACCAUUCAACUCUAUCCUUUGCCCAACUCAACCGUCCGUCUCCCGUCCCCAAACCAACCGGUCUAUCUCCGCUCCAAUGUCAAAGGUUUCUCUUCGGAGGAUCUUCACAGAAUGUCCUCGCGCGUAUGGAAAGAUCUGCAAACAACAACCCCGGGAGUGCUGCCGCUCAAAACUCUUUCUACAAUGCGCUGUUAAAAGCAAACAUGCCCGGGAUCAUAAUUGAACGGUACCGCAGCGGGAAAUUCGCUAGUAACUCUCUGUCUGAAGCUGUCUACGCAAAGGCACUCCAGAAAGUUGGCAGCGGCAGCGAACAGGCCCUCGGUCAAGGCCAACAGCAGCAGCAACUCAACCCCGCAAAUCAGAAUUUGAGUGCUGAUCAGCUCCAGGCCAUCGGCCAGGCAGUGGCUGCUCGUUCAUAUGGAGGUCAAAUCGGCAUAUCCAACAAGAACAGCGGCACGGGGGCCAAAGAUACCCCCCUAUAUGUCGUUGUUGACGAGUCUCUCGGCAGCUCCAUCUUCCGCUGGGUUAGGUUCUUCCUCUUUUUUGGAUUCAUCACAUACUUUUCGCUUCUGCUUGUUACCGUCUUUGUCGAGACCACUGGUAUCAUGAAGAAUGUCAGAGGCUCGCAGGCCAACGAAGCCAAGCCGGAACAUCAAACCGUCAGAUUCAGUGAUGUUCACGGUUGUGACGAGGCAAAGGAUGAACUGCAAGAGCUUGUUGAAUUCUUGUCUAACCCUGAGCGAUUCUCUUCCCUAGGCGGCAAACUCCCCAAAGGUAUACUUCUUGUUGGCCCUCCCGGAACCGGUAAAACGCUCCUUGCCAGAGCUGUUGCUGGAGAAGCAGGCGUUCCUUUCUUCUACAUGUCCGGCUCCGAGUUUGACGAGAUAUACGUUGGUGUUGGAGCUAAGCGUGUCCGUGAACUGUUUGCCCAGGCCCGGGCCAAAGCACCAGCUAUCAUCUUCAUCGAUGAGCUUGAUGCCAUUGGCGCCAAGCGAAACGAACGAGAUGCAGCCUAUGUCAAACAGACUCUCAACCAGCUUCUUACCGAACUCGACGGCUUCUCUCAGACAAGCGGUGUUAUCAUAAUUGCGGCAACCAACUUCCCGGAACUCCUUGACAAAGCUUUAACCCGACCUGGCCGAUUCGACAGAAAGGUCGAUGUCAAUCUUCCCGAUGUUCGUGGCCGAGUUGACAUUUUGAACCACCACAUGAAGAACAUUCAAGUCAGCACUGAAGUCGACGCUACUGUCAUUGCUCGUGGAACUCCCGGAUUCUCUGGUGCUGAUCUCGAGAACCUCAUCAACCAAGCUGCUAUCCGCGCCAGCAGGGACAAGAAAGCCAAGGUUGGCCCCGAGGACUUUGACUACGCCAAGGAUAAGAUCUUGAUGGGUGCAGAGGCCCGCAACCGCAUGCUUAGAGACGAAGACAAGCUAAAGACCGCGUAUCAUGAAGCUGGGCAUGCCCUUGUUGCUUAUUUCUCGCCUGAUGCCAUGCCGCUUUACAAGAUCACCAUUGUCCCUAGAGGAGUGUCGUUGGGAACAACUCAUUUCUUGCCGGAGAUGGACAUUGUUUCAAAGGAUUAUACAGAGUAUAUUUCCGACAUCGAUGUCUCCAUGGGCGGCCGGGCGGCUGAAGAACUUAUAUAUGGACCUGACAGAGUUUCCAGCGGUAUCUCGGGUGACAUUCGAAGUGCAACGCAAACUGCUUUUACCUUGGUGACACAAUAUGGUUACUCUAAAAAGCUAGGCAACGUCGACUUGAACACCGGUUAUGACAUGCUCUCUGCGUCAACAAAGCAGGACAUUGAGGAUGAGGUACGCCGUCUAGUUGACGAAGCUAGCGCUCGCGCGUCGGCUAUCUUGAAGGAGCAUCGCCACGAACUCGAACUCCUAACUCGCGCCCUGCUCGAGUACGAGACCCUAACCAAAGAGGAGAUGGAGAGGAUAAUAAAGGGUGAGAAGCUCGACAAGAUAUUAAUGCCUUCGAAGACACCGAUAAAGCUACCGGAAGCUCUGACUUCCGUCCAUAUAAAUCCUGUCACUGGCAGCACCUCUACCUCAAAGUGA